CUUGUUUACCAGUCUAUGAACGUUUUGUAGUCUGCCAGUCUAUGAACGUUUUGUAGUCUGCCAGUCUAUGAACGUUUUGUAGUCUGCCAGUCUAUGAACGUUUUGUAGUCUGCCAGUCUAUGAACGUCUUGCAGUCUGCCAGUCUAUGAACGUCUUGCAGUCUGCCAGUCUAUGAACGUUUUGAAGCCUGCCAAUCUACGAACGUCUUGUCUGCCAGCCUGUGAACGAAGCCCGUGACACCUCCAGCCUCCACCUUAACUAUGCACACUGAGAAACGCCUGAAAUGUGUUGGGUCACCAAGGAAGGAGGGCGAUGAGGGGCAGAAGGCGUGUUCCUUGGCCCCGCCUGCCCUCGUCUGGGCUGUCUGGCUCAAGCUACGGGCCAUCUUCUCCAACGUGGCCGUAGAACCCAUCAUGUUGCUGGACGGUCUCGCUUACUCCAUCAUGAUAGUCUUCGUCGAGGACAUCCAAGUUGAGAAAAUCUGUCACGUUAACCUGAACUACACGAGUGAGGUGUGUGCUAACCUCUCCCGCUACUCUGAGGAGAACAUCAAGGUGCAUCAGUCAGUGAGUGUGUUCGGGAUGUAUAAUGGGAUAAUGAUGUCAUCUAUAUCCGUGUUCUUCAUCUUGUUUAUGGGUGCGUGGAGUGACAAGUAUGGUAGAAAGACGCCGCUGUAUAUCGCCACUCUCGGUCACUUCUGCUGGGCUAUAGGCUACCUCCUCAACUCCUGGGUGACGGAGUGGCCAGUGGAGUACCUGCUGGUGGCCGCCCUCUUAGACUCCCUCGGGGGUGGUAACGUUUCAUUCCUUACCGCCGCCAACGCCUACCUCAGCGACGUCACCUCCGAGGAGACCAGAACUAUGAGGGUUGGACUCGCCAACAGCAUCUGGUAUUUAGGUGGUCCGAUUGGCACUCUGCUGGGACUGUACAUAUACCAAUACGGAGGCUACCGGGUGCUGUUCGGUACGUCAGUGUUACUGCACUGUGUUUCCCUCGCCUACCUCUUCUUCCUCCCCGAGAGUCACGGACCAUUCGCUAAAAACAAGUUCUCCGAGGUGAACGGCGAGCCUCAAGGGGAAAAACCUUCCGUCCAUCUCUCACUGAAGAAGCCGAGUGAGAUAGCGGACUGCCCUGAUAAGGUGUCCAUCUGGAAGAUCAUCAGCGACUUCUUCCACUACGAGAGGAUCGUCGACUCGUUCCGCUGUACCUUCAAGGCAAGAGAAGGACUCGUGCGACCCUUCAUCCUCCUCCUCAUCCUCUGUAACCUCCUGCGUCGUCUGGGUCGAGGAGCCUACAUGUUCCUGUUCACACGCCGGGUGCUGGGAUGGAAGGCGACUGACUAUGGCCUCUGGGUCACCUACAAGAACCUUCUGGCGGCUGUAGGGUCACUGGUAGCCGUUCCUCUCCUCUCCAAGGUCCUGGGCCUCGCUGACAACUACCUGGCCAUGCUGGGUGCUCUCGCCUCCGUCGCCGACUACACCUUCUACGGGCUGGUCUCCAAGGACUGGGAGUUCCUCGUGUGGAUAGCGCCUGUGGCAGCUCUCCUCGUCAACUCUUGUGUGAUAGCCAUCCGGUCCAUCCUGUCCAAAUUUGUAACCGGUGAUGAGCUUGGGAAGGUGUCGGCGGUGAUGGGAGCCUUAGACGGAGUAAUGCCAAUGAUAAUCUUCUCGCUCUACACUGCCAUCUACCACGCUACCGUCCACGUCUUCCCAGGAGCUCAGUUCUUCUUUGGGGCAUCAGCAAAUUUGUUGAUGACGCUGAUUUUUAUCUUCAUCAUCUGCUGUACGACCUCUAAGAGCUACAGCCUCGAUGACUUGCACUCACUGGAAGGUCGAAAUGCUGUCGAACCCAAAAGCUUCAGAUUCUUCAGCGAGCGUUUCAAUCGUCACCUCCAGCCAGCCAGCAGCCAGACGGAAAUACUCACCAACUUGGACACCCAGAGGACAAGUCUCGUUCUGUCGGAGGAGAACUUCCAUAUAGCGACGCCCAUGAGGAAGAAGAAGAACAUUAAGAUGGCGGAGGUUCAAAGGCAUGAAGGAGGUGGUGGAUGUAGGAGUGUGUGUACUGUGAGUGAACUCGGGAAUUUUGAUAAAAAAGUUAUUGAGGAUGAAUUAACCUUCCCUCAAAGGAUGACGUCACACAAGAUAAUGGAAACUAAAAAGGAACUGGAGAAGUGUGGUGUUGAUAAUCCUGCUUUCUGUAAUACAGAAGAAGAGGAGGAGGGAGAGAAAGGAGAAGAAAGAGACGGAGAAGGAAAAGGAGGACGAGGAGAGGAAGUUGUUUAUAGUGAUGACGCGUCCAAAAACUUAGUUCUUUAUCGCUUGAACAGUGCUGUGGUGAGUGACGAGACCAAGUAAAAGGUAUCCCUCAAAACUGUGUUGUUGAUACAGUCUGUUUUUAUAAGUGUUAAGUGUUUAGUGAGAGACGGAGGGUAGCAAGAGAGGACCCGGACAGCCCCCAGAAGACGGAGCGGAAUCCGUCAGGCAGGUUUUGACGGAACCCAUAAGUUUGACGGGCAGAUUUGACACAACACGUAGAGUGUGGCAAGCAGGUUUGACACAACCCGUAGAGUGUGGCAAGCAGGUUUGACACAACCCGUAGAGUGUGGCAAGCAGGUUUGACACAACCCGUCGAGUGUGGCAAGCAGGUUUGACACAACCCGUCGAGUGUGGCAAGCAGACUUGACACAACACGUAGAGUGUGGCAGGCAGACUUGACACAACACGUAGAGUGUGGCAAGCAGACUUGACACAACCCGUAGAGUGUGGCAAGCAGGUUUGACACAACCCGUCGAGUGUGGCAAGCAGGUUUGACACAACCCGUCGAGUGUGGCAAGCAGACUUGACACAACACGUAGAGUGUGGCAAGCAGACUUGACACAACCCGUAGUGUGUGGCAAGCAGGUUUGACACAACCCGUCGAGUGUGGCAAGCAGACGUGACACAACACGUAGAGUGUGGCAAGCAGAUUUGACACAACACGUAGAGUGUGGCAAGCAGACUUGACACAACCCGUAGAGUGUGGCAAGCAGGUUUGACACAACCCGUCGAGUGUGGCAAGCAGGUUUGACACAACCCGUCGAGUGUGGCAAGCAGACUUGACACAACCCGUAGAGUGUGGCAAGCAGACUUGACAACACGUAGUGUGGCAAGCAGGCAGGCGGGACAUGGCCCGUAGAGUGUGUCAGGCAGGCCGGACAUGGCCUGUAGUGUGUGUCAGGCAGGCCGGACAUGGCCUGUAGUGUGUGUCAGGAAGGCGGUCCAUGGCCUGUUGAGUGUGUCACGCAGGCGGGACCCGGCCCUUGAAAGUCUGUCCUAGCGAUAGGCUGAUCAAAGAGUGUUGACUUCCUGUGAUAAUAAUAUUUACGGCGAUGCGUUGUAGCAGCGCCUCUUAGUCCCUACCGGGAUGUUACCAGUACCUACCAGGGCGAUGUGUGUACCGGGACGAUCUGCGUACCGGAAGAAUGUACUGGUUUAAGUAUACCGGUAGUAGCACUGGUACAAAUUGCGGUAACGUUGGUGUAAAUAUUGUUUUCCUAUAAUAUUACUGGGAAUUGUGAUGUAAGCACCGGUAAAGAUUAUUAAGUGGACAGUUGAUGUUGGUGUGAGUACCGGUGUGAUGCUGACAUAAGUACCGGUCAUACCAAUAUAUACAAGUACCGGUAAUAACUAAUGAUUUUACUGGUAUUACUGAAUCUUAUACUGGUAAGAUAUAAAACAAAGUACCGGGUAUUUAGUGAGAUAGUUACCAGUAGAAACAAUGAACCAAGUACCGGGUAUUAUGUGAGAAAUUUACCUGUAGAAAUAAUGAACCAAGUACCGGGUAUUUCGUGAAAAAUUUACCGGUAGAAUGAAAAAUCAAAUACCGGGUUUAUUAUCUGUAAGUAGUUCUUGUCUGUUCCUAAUAUAAUAAAAUAAAAUAAA